AUGGCGGCGGCAUCUACAGAGAUUCCAGAGGCAUUGGCAGCAACCGCUUCAGUAGCAGCUGGAGUGACAGACAACACCACCCCUUUGGCAGCAACAGCAUCUGUAGCAGCUGGAGCUGCAGUCGUUGCAGUCGCUGCUGCAGCAGAGGCAGCUGUUGCCUCCGUGGUCGACCAUGGCAGCGUCCAAGCGCAGGCCUGUGCCACGAUACAGGCUGCUCAGGCCGCCUCCGGCACAUCACAGGCCCAUCAGGUAGCCAACCAACCAUGGGAUGCUCACCUCGAAGAUCCCAGCAGUCAGAAAGGCUACAGCUUCAUUCCCGAAAUGACACCCGAAGAGCGCCGGUCAAGUCUAAACGUGUGUGGACCACGCGCCACGGAUUUCAUGAACCGCUGCGAAUUUAUCAGUCUUGGCUGCUACUGUGCACCAUCUUAUGCACUCCAGCUUAUGGGACUUCGAAAGAACUCGUACCCUUUUGACUGGACACGCAGCUCUUUGGAGGGCGUCCUCCAUUGCAUAGACAUGAAGUUCGAAGACUUCAUGACAUACUCGACAUACCAGAUGGUGGACCAGCAUGUGGUUUUCGGAGGGACGAGAUGGGGUGGAAGUUUCUGGCACCACAACUUGGAGGCGCCACUGACAGUGGAGGACAUGACUCGUCGAGUUCGCCGUUUCCUCGGACUGGGAGAAGUGCCGACGAAAGUCCCACGGGUGUUCGUGCGGAUCAUAAACUCUACACGCGAACUCCGCCAACUUCAGCGGCUGCGGCAAACCCUGAAGGAGGCGUUCCCAGAUGCACAGGAGAUCUACUUGCUCAUCCUUGUGGAGUUGCAGAAUGAGCGUGGUCCGAUUGUGGUGAAUGCGCCGGAAGGUGAGGGCGUGGUCGUGUUCAGCUUCACAGAGGAGGAGUUCCGUCAGGAGGACGAUGCUGUGAGGCUAUUGCCUUCAAGCUGA